GGUCUCACAAAGCACCGGGAACACUUCACCUUGUUUCUCUCUUCACACACACACACACACACACACACACACACACACACACACACACACGCACACGCACAACUUGAAUUUCAAAUCAACAACAGAAAGCUUUUGUAAAAUAUCACAUUUGGAAUGCCUUUUGUUGUCAGUGCUCUGUAAGGACCUAUAUAGCACAGAAGAGGGUUGGGGGAAAAUUUCUGUCAAUGCAAUUCUCACAGGCAAUGCAGCUUGAAGUGCAACUGUAGAUGCAUCUGUACUUAACCUCACAGCAAGGAGCGGCUCCCAACCCUUCAGACGGCACCUUCAGGCACCUUUUAUUUUUUCUGUGUCUCUUUUGGAGAGGUGCGAGUGGGGCAAAUUACGAAGAACCUUAAUUACGAAGGGAGGGGACAGAGGUUCCAUUGGCUGUCCCCAAUGGGAGGCUUAAAGACACCUGCAGCCAGCCAGCUGUGGACACCGGGGGACACUGGGACGUUCCUCCUUGUCUCCACCCGCUGAAGUUCGCUCUAGAGAAGCUAGCUUGCAUCUCCACACAGAAGAUCCGCAGCGCUCGCAGAUCUGGUCCGGGGUCCUGACGCUCCCCGGGAGCCACGGAGAUCGGGUGGACAACAGCGGAGCUGAGAACCGGGGGCGAGCGUGCGUAGCCUUUCCAGGCGAAACAGCGUGCACCGCUCGGGCGGCGCCCAGCAUGGAGUGGAAGCUGAAUCUGCUGCUCUACUUAGCGCUCUUCUUCUUCCUGCUCUUCCUCCUGUUCCUCCUGCUCUUCGUGGUCAUCAAGCAGCUGAAGAACUCGGUGGCCAAUACAGCCGGGACGCUGCAGCCGGGGCGUCUGUCGCUGCACCGGGAGCCUUGGGGUUUCAAUAACGAGCAAGCAGUGUGACCUGGCUGGCAGGGUCUCAGCUCCAAAGGGAUUCAGGUAUACCACCCCUCUAGAGCGGCGGCAAGGGGACACACUCUCUGUUCCUCCCGGGUCUCUGGACCCGCUACAGUGCAGGGGACCGCGGGGACCGGAGUCUAGUCCCGGAUCCGAGUUCUUCUAGAGUAAGCCUGAUUCCAAGAGAGCGGAGACGCGCGAUGAGAGGACAGCUUUGGGGCCAAGAAUGGUUUGCACGUCUGAGAACUCUUCUUCCCGGACCAACUUCACUUGUAUCUAAGGGUGGAAAACUCUAUUAUUCAGUCAACUCAGCUCAGCCACUUCCAACUGAAGAGUGCGAGCUUUGAGGGGAGUUUCUAUGGUGGUGCCCGAGAGAAAUGAUUCAGUGGCCUCUUUGGGGUUGGGGAUUUCCUCCUAUCUUUAAUUGUUAUUCCUAGUCUAGCCUGAGGUUUGUUAAGGGUAGGCUUAGACUCUGGGACAUCAGAGGGCGAGUAUGAGCAUGAUUCGCUGGAAAAUGACCUUUAGAUGAUGGCUCGGAGGACAGACAAAGGGGCUACUUUGCAUAGUGUAGGAGGAGCCGAAAGAGCAGUGUGAGGAGAGAGGCCUGUUUGUGGUUAAUAUAUCAGACCUUUUGGGAAAGGCUGACUGUCUAAAGUAAAACUCACCUGUGCAAGGUGGGAUAAUGUUAGUUUGAGAGAUAAUUUCGCCAUCAGAUCCGAUUGCUUUUCCUAGAUCUAUGUCAUCUGAACCCAGGCUGGUACCCUUGACAGGAGGUACUCAGGACAGAAACUCUUAUCACAGCCUAAGAACCCUGAAAAGCUGGGAGUGGAGGAAAUCUUGCAAAAGGGUCUUAUGUGGUCUCCAUUGCUCCCCACAAGGAGGAAACGGGGAGGAAAACGGCAUGCCUGUCUGAGUCCACUUCCUUCUCAAGAGUUUCUCGGUGGCCAGGACUAUGUCAGGGGCCACUGUCCUUUAACAACAUAGACGCUACUGCCUUCAACCAAAAUCCAAGCUCUCUAGAUUAGGAUAAAGGAUCUUGGGCAGACAGCCAGAAGUCUACACUCUAGUUACAAAGGACAGUUGUGCAGAAAGCAGUGUUCGAGAAAGAUGGACCUCCUGGUUCCCUCACACCUCAUGGUUCCCUCACAGCCCCAAGUGAUAUGGCUGAGCAGAAUGACGAUGGCUCUCUCCCUAGUUCUCAAGAAAUGUUUGUCAGGACUGGCUUCCUCUCUGGCCAGCUGGCUCCCUGUAGCAGGAUUUUCUAAGCAAGUUGCCCGGAAGCCUGCACAUUUGUGUGUGUUGGGAGGUCUGGGGCUUGAGGGAGUCUUCAUAAUCUCUUCAUGGAGCUUUGGUAUAGGAUCGAUCAACAUAAAUUGUUUUCUUUUGCUCCUUCUUGGUCCCCUCUCUCAUGUUCCAGUUAAUUAGGUUCUGUGGUAGCUAAGUUUGUGCACUUGAUCCCUAUAAAGGCCAUCCGUUCCAUACACAAGGAAAGGCACGCUGUGCUCAGAAAGGCUACCUCUCUCCCUUCUGUGACUCCACCCUCAAUCCGGGAAUAUCCCGGGAGAUCGCCUCUCUGCUUCUACUCAGCCUACGUACUGGCCAAGCCGAGGGAGAAGAAACACUUCCCACACCCAGAGCUGUGCAAAAGAACUUUCUGUGAUAUGAAACUGUUCUAUAUCUGUGGUGCCCAAUACGGCAACUACUAGUCACACGUGUCUAGUAAACACUGAAAUAUGGCUAGCAGGGAUUAAAUUGUAUUUAAUUUCACCUGAGACAGCCACAUGGGGCUGGUGGCUUUUGUAUGUACAGUACAUAUCAUUCUCUUGUGUGUGUGUGUGUGUGUGUGUGUGUGUGUGUGACAGCUAGCCAUGGACUCCACACCCCAUGGUCUUCCUUUGUUCUUGCAUUCAGUUUUUCUCCUUGAGGAAAAAAAAUAAGUUAGAUCUAAAUUGAGAAUGUUCACAUCUGCCUAUUGCCUGUCUUCCUGCACCAAAUGGGAUAGGUUUUUGUGAUAGUUGACCAUGGAGAAUAUGGCAGCGUUGACUCACUACAUCCCCAUGUUCCCAGGCCUUUUCCCUAACCAAGGUCAUGUUGUCUUAUGCAGUUUAGUCCGUUUCAGUUCACUUUUUAAUAUUGUAAAUCCCAAAUGAUUGUAGUGUGUGUUUUUCAAGAUACCUAAUGGUUUAUAUUUUUUAAGGUUGUGAAUAAAAAAAUAACAAUUACAUGUAACUCAGGUUGUGUGUGUGGGUGUGUGUGUGUGUGUGUGUGUGUGAUUUUUAGUAACUUAUUACCCAAACCUUGUUGUAUUAAUAAGGAUAUGAUUAAUAAAUGGAAAGUGAUAUUGCUUUUUAUAUCAGAUUUCCAUUUUAAUGGACAUAUUUAUCUUCCAAUGAAUGUGCUGUAUUUCGAAAACGUUAGGGGUUGGGGAUUUAGCUCAGUGGUAGAGCGCUUGCCUAGCAAGUGCAAGGCCCUGGGUUCGGUCCCCAGCUCCCCAGCUCUGAAAAAAAGAAAAAAAAACGUUAAAUGAGUCUUCUGUCACGGUCAAAGUUUGAGUAAAGUAUGUUGUCUCCAAGCUCCCUGUUUGGGCUAUUGUAUUGCAUUAUAGACAUUAUUAGACUGCCCCAGACAUAUUCCUUUCACAGAAACAUAUUCUCCCACCUGUGGUUCAUCUAUGGAUCUGAUUGGAAAGAUUUGUAAAGGUGUAUUAUUGGUUUUGAAGUUUUUAAUGUAUCCACAUUUUGUUCAUUGCUUUUUGGGUCCUCUUCAGGAGACAUUUGCCUUCCCUGCCCUCACCCUGGUUACCAAAAAAGAUUCUGCUCUGUUUUCUUCUACUCUACAAGCGUAGUUUUAACUUUUACUGAGUCUACUGCUCAUCUCGAGUUGAGUUUUGUACAUGGUGUGGAGAAAAGAAUGAUUUUCCCUUUUCAUAGAAGUAUACCAGCUUUCCUAAAGAAAGCUUCUCUCAUCCUCUGCUCUUCCUUUCCCCUCCCUCCUCUCUCCUCCUCCUUCAUUUGUUGAACACACUUUACUUCCCCACUGUCUCCCUGGGCCUCUUUCAUCAGCACCCACCGUGGGAACGUUCCCUGGACCCCUCCAAUGCCAACGUCUUGGUCACAUACUAAGUCUUACCAUUUACCACAAACGGUAUGAAGGGAAUUACUAAUACAGGCUCCUACUCAAAGGCCGACAGUACAAACUGGAAAGCUUAAAUAAUUUGAAUUGAAAUCAGAAAGAAAACUCUGAUGGAGACUAGGCUUCCUUCAUUUAAAUCUGAGUCCUGACCGGGGGGCGGGGGGUGUUCCGUAGUCAAGAAGGGUGCCUCACCGUCCUGUUGGUCAUGGUACAUAAGAAGCAUCCCCUUUAUUGUUGGUACAAUUGGAGUAAGCAGCUUCCAAGUCCCGAGGUCAGAGUUCAGAGAUGAAAGCAUCUGCAUUGUGUUUCUCUGCGUCUACGCAUAAACCUUCUACACCCCGUCUAUUGACGAGGACACUUCCCCAUGUCCAUGUCAUGUACAUUGCUUCGAAUCUUUGUAUAGUUUUGUCUCCGUUUGAUGAGUGGGGCAGGUAGUAUCUUAACUUACUGUACAUGAAAGUGGUUGAGGGUUGAGUGGUGUCCGGGUAGAAUAUAUGCUUUGUUCCCAUGAUCAGAGCAAGUGUGUGCAUCUUGCCUACCCACGAGAGCUCUGCACUGUGAGCAUCUUUUGUCCAUCAGCCUGACCUACGAGGGAUGCUUUGUCGUCAUUGUCAUUAACUACAUUUCCAGUGGAGCGUUGAUAAUUUCCCUGUGUUCUUUCAUCGUUGUCCCUUCUCCCUUGCAGCAUCCUCCCAUUCUUCAUUGGUCUUCAAUGACUUUCUCUCUGUUGGUGAAUUUUAUCUAUGAGUAGGACCACGACAAGAUUAACUCUUUCUCCUUUCCCUAGCUCCCAUUACAUUUCUUCAUCAUAGCUACCAGAUUCUGUUGGUGGUGGUGGCGGCAGCAGUGGUUUGCUUUGUUUUGUUGUUGUUUUAAGAUAUGGUCUCAGUCUUAACCUAUACUCACAGUUAUCCUCCUGCUUCAGGACCUUGCCUUAGCUUCCUGAGUGCUGUGAUUAUAGGCAUGAGCCACCAUACUCUGCACGAUCACCAAAUUGUUAUGUGCCCUUUAAACAUGAAGUAUAUGUCUAUAUAACAAUGCACAUACUUAAUUUUAAAAUCUAAAUGGCAAACUAUAUAUAUUGUAUUUUGUUUUAAUAUGCAUCAAAUAUUUCAUAUUGAUUUAUUAGUCCAUAUUUACUGAAGACUUAGACAUAAUUCUACUUGCUUAGGCAUGAUUCAUAAGCAAAAAAGACAACAGUUCCUUUCUCAUGGGGCUACGUGGCUGCCUCUUCCUAACGAUUUUGUAAAGAAUCAUUUGCUCAUCUAUUGCUUUCUUAAUGAACCUGUAGUUAUCCAGGCUUUUACCAUUCCCUGUGGAACUUCUGGGUACUGUGUUACACAAAACUUUGUUAUAUAUAUAUAUAUAUAUAUAUAUAUAUAUAUAUAUAUAUUAUAUAAUAUAUAUCAUAUAUUAUAUAUAUUAAUUUCUAAAAGUAAAGGAAGCAAAUUCUCUCAUUUUAAAAUUCUAUCUAUCUAUCUAUCUAUCUAUCUAUCUAUCUAUCUAUCUAUCUAGUUUUUUUGAGACAGGGUUUUUCUGCAUAGCCUUGGCUGUUCUGAAACUCACUCUGUAGACCAGGCUGUCCUUGAACUCAGAGAGACCCACCUGCCUCUGCCUCCAGAGUGCUGGGAUUAAAGGCAUGUGCUAUCAUGGCCUGGCUUAAAGGGUUCCUACUUUGAGAGAACAAUUUUAGGAUUACUGAAAAAAUUAAGUAGAAAAUAGAGAGUUUUAAAAUAUACCCCCUUCCCUGAGUAACACGGUCUUCGCUAUUAUUCUUAAGAUCCCUAGUAUGCUGCAUUUUGUGUGGAUGUAAGUUUUAAACCUCUGUGGGCAGAUACCCUGGAGCUCAUUGUGGGAUGACCAUCGCUUUGAUGGCAUUGUUACCUUGAUGUUAACUGGUGUCUGCUGGACUUAACACUAAGAUUCGCUCUGUGCUGUAGCUGUUUUAACAAGCUGAUGUGACUUGUAUUUCCAUUGCUACAUCAUACAGAGGUUUCACUGCCAUAAAUUCAGCGUUCCAUCUCCUUAUCUCCUCCUCCGUCCUGUGAGCCCCAAGCAACCACAAAUCCAUUUGCUGUCUCCAGCUGCUCCCUUCAGAGAGUCAUGCAGUCGGAUCAGGCAGGGCUGCAGCUUUUCUCAGAUGACUUCUUUCACUCAGCCAUGUGUAUUUAAGCUUCUUCCCUCUCCUGCCACAAUCGAGGGUUCAUUUCUCUUGACCUCUGACCCGUAUUUCAGUGUCCGGCAAUACAACGCUUGUGCAUUCACACGCCGAAGGACAUCUUGCCUCCUUUCAAGUUUUGAAACUAUGAACAGACCUUCUGUAAACUUUUCCAUACAAGUCACUGUGUGAAGAAAGCAUGAGGUGGGGGAAACACCAUGGCACAGGACCGUGGGACUGCAUGGUCAGAUUGUCUUUAGUUUUGUAAAACGACUGUCUGGCCUUUCCAACAUGAGUUCCAGUUACUCUGCUGGGGAACAUCUUCACCGGCAUCCACCGGCACUGGAAUUUUCUGUAUAGAGUCUCAUAGGUAUUGAGUUAUUGUGUAGGAAAGGCGGAGGGGUGUAUGCCCCAGUACGCAUGUGGGAGACAAGCACAGCAUGUAGGAGGGGUCACUUCUCUCCUUCCACCAUGUGAUGUGGGGCAUAGGGAUUGAACUCAGGUCCUCAGACUUGGUGGCACGUGCCCUGGACCACUGAGCCACCUCACCAGCCCCCGGUGUUUGCUAUUUUUUGAGAGUUAAGCAGGUGUGCAGAAGCGUGUCAUUGUUUUAAUCUGCAGUUCCCUGGCAACACAGCAUGUGGAGCAUCAUCCCACACGCUUACGUGGUUUGCUCGUCUUCCCUGCUCCCGUUUAUCUUCAGACCUCGGGCCCAUUUUAAACUCGACUGUUUUCUCAUUGUAAAAUUUGAGUUCGUUGUAUAACCUUAUCGAACUGGUGUUUUGUGAGUAUUCUUGCUUUACCACCCCACACUAGUCUUUUUAUUCUUUCUUCAGUGUCUUUUGAUGAAGUUUCCCUUUAUGAUAGAGUCCAGUUUAUCACAGGUUCCCUCUUGGGGGCCAUGAUUUUGGUGUUGGGUCUGGGAAUCAUUGCCAAAUCCAAGGUUACGUAUGUUUUCUCCUAAGUUACCUGAGAGGGUUGUAUUUGUGUUUUUGUCGUUGUCGUCAUCGUCGUUUAGGGCUGUAAUCUAUUUUGAGUUAAAUUUUAUGAAAAUUAUGAAGCAUGACUCCACAUAUUUCUUUUUUUCUCCUAGUUUUGAAUGUGGAUUUAUUCCACAGCCAUUUAUUGAAAAGAGCAAUUGGAGUUUUGAGACAAAUAUGUCAUCAAAAAGUAAAUCUGGGGCUAGAGCGAUGGCUCAGUGUUUAAGAGCACUAGAUCCUCUUCCAGAAGAAGAGGCACAUGGCAGGCAGCUCAGGACUCUGAUUCUCUGUACCUCUGGUUUCAUGGAAUCUGACACCCUAACAUAGAUAUGAACGCAGACAAAACAUGAACGCACAUAAAACAAAAUUAAAUAAAUUUUAAAAAAGCAAA